GGCUGUUCGUGCCCAGAGAGGGGGAGAUGGCUCAUCUGCAGGGGAUACUGCACAGAAAGGGGGCCGGCCAGCCGGGUCUGGAGCUUGUCCCCGCUAUAACCUGUCUGUGCCCGAAGGCUCCUCUGGGCAUGUUGAAAUUAACCUGCCCAAGAAGGCAUCUUGUUUGUGUAAGAUGCCAACCACCAUCACGGCCUCCGACACUGCUUGUGACCCCAUCCUGGUGUUCACUAGUAAAGGAAAGCAGAAUUACUACAGCCGCAAGUACCAGGGACGGAUCGCUGUCUCAGGCUGGCUCCUCGUUUCUGUGAAGAACGCAAGUGAAUGGAUGGCCGGAGAAUACCGAGUCGUCAGUGACCUUCAUGAAAUCUGCAUUGCGCGUAUCAACCUGACGGUGUCUGGUCCUGUCUUGUUCCCACCACUUAUAUCGGAGACUCCCGCUGUCAGAGAGGAGACUGCCAAUCGGACUGGAGAGGGAAGUAGACGAGGGAUGCUUUCCAACGGCUCUCUGGAGCGGGAGCCAAGGGGCCACAGUGGCAUGUGGGUAUCGCUGGGGUUCGUUGCUGCUUUGUUUGUUGCUGCUGCACUUUAUGUCCGCUGGAAACGUGGGAGAGAAGGACCGGAAACCCGUCGUGGUUGCAAAGAGGAAGGGAUCUUGGACUCGGCAGACUCGCCCGUUUGCGUACCGGCCCGUGUCUCGCAUCUGCCCGAGGCUGGAACCCGAGACGGAGAGGCUGGUGAGGAGAUCCCAUCGAAUGGAGAGGUGGUACAGUCCCGGGACCUGAGCCGGCUGCCCCAACGCAGCCGAGAGCGAGCACGUGAAUAGCGUUGAAUGGCCGAGGGGCAGGUGCCUUCUGUGUGCGUUACACAGCUACGAUCGUUGCACUAUCCUGGAUGUGACUUCUUCCCCUGUGGGGCCAGGGCUGCCCUUGCACUUAAGGCUCCGGGCUGGGACUUGGGAGACCCGGGUCUUCCACCAACUCCCUGUCUAUGGGUGAGUCACUCAGGGCCGAAUAUUCAAGAGCUCAGACAGUGAGUGGGGUGUUUAAUCCGAAGGCUCAUGCAGCUGCCUAACUGGGAAUUGAGCUACUCUGAAAAUCGGGCCUUCCACCGUCCUGUGCCUUAGUUUCCCAUCUUUAAAAUGAGAUACUCCUCCAUGUAGAUUGUAAGCACUUUGGGGCAGGGACUGUGUGUAUGUGUGUGU